AUGGUUCUCCAGUCGGUACCGAAUUGGCAUGCGGAUGAAUAUGCAGUGACGGAACUUUUGACCAAUGAGGGUUCAACAUUUGGAGCACUGUGCGCUUGUCCAGUCGAGCUGAGCGCUGAUUCCACAUCGUCACGCCUGAAAAUGACGUUGUCUCGGGUUUUAGCACCGCCACUUUCCAGCUUGCCUAUAUGCAUUCCACGUUAUUAUGGCGGAGUUGUUCUAGUUGGAGCUGGUUCCCUGGCUUUGAAUGCGUAUUUCACCAUGCGAGUUAUGAAAGCCCGCAAGGAGCACAACGUUCAAUACCCAAUGCUCUACCACCCCACGAACAAUCUGUUCAAUUGCAUUCAACGUGCACAUCAAAAUUACCUUGAAAUGUUGCCAUCGUUCUUAAUGACCCUAUUCAUCGGUGGUUUGCGAUAUCCGCGAUCGUUUGCAGUCUGUGGUGUCGUCUACUUACUUGGACGAAUACUGUACUUCAGAGGGUACUCAACUGGUGAUCCAGAAAAACGGAAACUUGGUGGGGUCAGUUUGCUUGGCCUUUUACCUAUGUUUCUCGGCCUUGUGGCCUUCGGUGCUCAACAUCUCAUGGCCAGCCUUAAAUGCAAUUCAUGCAGUCUACGGUCCUGAGAACAGACCCAGUGCUCAUGAGUCGCAGCACCGUGGAAAGAACAUGAUUGUUUAAUAAAACGGUCUUUUUGCUAGUUCCAUUGCAACCUAUUGCCAUUUCACCAUUAGUCUGCCCGGUACAAUAUAUCUAAUAAUUCUUGCAAGCAUCUGUCCGCCAAGUUUCAUGUUUGAAUGUUUUUUCUUCGAAAUAAAUGAACAUGGGUUUCCUGUGCUAUUUAUGAGACUUGUUUUCAGGUAAGACAAAGUGUGUAUGGCUGUCUAGUCGGCGAAACAAGCUGCACAGAAGACUAACGAGUAGAACCACUUGAUCUGUAAAUAAUAAGCCAUUCUCAUGUUUAAAAUUUCAAAACAUCAAAACUUCCAGCAUUGUUCAUGCUUUUUUGCAGUCCGUCACCAAGUCACUGUGAUACCAUGGAGAACAAUACUGGACAGCGAAAUCGCGAAUAGAGGCUUCUAGACAUAUCCUCUUAAUCAUAGAAAUGUGUAUGAGAAUGCUCCUCUUUUGUAGGAUUAUAAAGAAUAGAUCGCAUUAAGAACUACUUUCGGUGUCGAAUACGUCAUCAUGUUGAGAAUCUGGUUCGUCUUGUUCUGCAUGUACGACGCUUUGUGCUGGUGCUGCCGAUUGCUCCUCAUGGUUGCCAACCAUUUCUGGCUUGUGUACUUCUUCUACCAGACCGGCUGGCUCAGAUAUCUCAAACGGCUGCGCUGGUUCCACCUCAGUCUGGUUAGGUGGUGUCUGAACCUUAAGUUCUCCAUUCUCGUUUGCUCCAUUUUCGGUCACUGCCGUUGGUUGCGUUGGCAUGCGUUUAGGUCGAACUACUUUCUUCUCUGU